AGGAUUUUUGGCAAGUUAACAAAAUACGUUUUAACUCUUUGAAUAGUUUCCAUUAAAGAUUUAGAUAUGGACUGGAUUUGGUCUCAGCUAGGUGAAACCGGCAAUCGAAUUUCUAAUACAGCACGUUCUGUUGUUAAAGACGUUACUAACGUCAUAUCACACAAAACUAAUGAGCCUAUAUGCUACAAAUCACCUGUAUGUACGUGUGAUCACAAACACUAUCAUGUACCAGUGGAGAGAUCAAGAUACAGGACUACUUGUAGGCCUCUGAGAGGAGGAUGCUCCGGAACAGGCGAAUUUCCUAUUUUUCAAAGUGUAUUUUUGUAUGGUGAUAGAGGUUCAGGAUUUCGUUUGAAACGAAAUGUUCAAGAUUUUGCUAAACUUCGACAGAAAUGCCUUGAUGAAGGUGUUUUAUUUGAAGAUCCGCAAUUUCCUGCUGAAGAUGCUUCGCUCUACUUUAGUAGAAGCCCUCCCGUAUAUAUAGAAUGGAAACGUCCACAUGAAUUAACACCUGAACCUCGACUAUUUGUAGAAGGAGCAACCAGAUUUGAUGUUAUUCAAGGAGAAUUGGGUGAUUGUUGGCUGUUAGCAGCUGUAGCAAACUUGACUUUAAAUGACAAUUUGUUUUUUCGAGUCGUGCCAGACGACCAGUCAUUUGUUAAAGAUUAUGCAGGAAUCUUUCACUUCAGAUUUUGGCAAUAUGGUAGAUGGGUAGAAAUUGUGGUAGAUGACAGACUUCCCACUAGUCGUGGACAAUUACUUUUUAUGCAUUCUAAACAUAAAAAUGAAUUUUGGAGUGCAUUACUCGAGAAAGCUUAUGCUAAACUUCAUGGAUCAUAUGAAUCACUACGUGGUGGGGCAGCAACCGAAGCUAUGGAAGACUUCACGGGAGGAUUGACAGAAUCUUAUGAGCUUAAUAAUGCUCCUAAUAAUCUCUUCUCAGUUAUGCUUAAAGCAUAUCAGAGAUGGUCUCUUAUGAGCUGUGCAAUAAAUCCAGAUCCUAAUGUUGUUGAAAAAGUAAAGGAUAAUGGUUUAGUCAUGGGUCAUGCAUAUAGCAUUACUAAAGUAAAACUGGUUGAAAUCAGAACUCCUAGAAUAACAGGAAAAAUUCCUUUAUUACGAGUAAGAAAUCCAUGGGGUGAAGGUGAAUGGAAUGGACCUUGGAGUGACAGGUCCCGAGAAUGGAGUUUGACUUCUGAAGAUGAAAGAAAAGAAAUUGGUUUAGUGUUUGAUAAAGAUGGAGAAUUUUGGAUUUCAUAUAAGGAUUUCCUAGAAAACUUUUCUUAUCUUGAAAUUUGUAACUUAAAUCCUGAUUCACUUGAAGAUGAACCCCUGACUAAGCUCUCAAGGAAGAAGUGGGAAAUGAGUAUGUAUGAAGGUUCUUGGGUAAAAGGUUGUACUGCUGGUGGAUGUCGGAACUUUGAAGGUGAUUUUAUUACUGGAGAUGAAUUAUACAUAAAACCACUUCCUAAAAGAUACUUACUGAACAAUCGUUCUGUUGCUCAGUGUGAUACGUACACCAAUCUUCGAGAAGUAAGCUGCAGAUUUAAAUUAGAGCCUGGAACAUAUUGUAUCAUUCCAACAACAUUUGAUCCUGGAGAAGAAGGUGAAUUUGUCCUACGAAUAUUUACAGAAAAACCAAAUGUUAUGACAGAAAAUGAUGAAGAUAUUAAUAUAACAGAACCUGAUGAACAGGAUGCUUCAGCUGUAACUGACCAGGAGAAGGGGGAGUUCAGAUUCAGGAGAAGAAUUAACAGACGUUAUCCUUAUGUUAAAGUGGAUGAAGAAUCUGAAGAAGAAAGAAAUAGAGAUCAACAACUUAAAGAUAUAUUUGCAAGAUUGGCAGGAGAAGAUAUGGAAAUAGAUUGCAAUGAAUUGCAGGAAAUAUUAAAUUAUGCCUUUAAAAAAGAAAUUGAUUUUGAUGGCUUCAGCCUAGAUGUAUGUCGCAGUAUGAUUGCUAUGGUGGAUGUAGACAGAACUGGAAAAUUAGGAUUAGAUGAAUUUAGGAAUCUUUGGCUUGAUAUUCGCAUGUGGAAGAAUGUAUUCAAAUUAUAUGACAAAGAUUUCAGUGGAUCACUGAAUACAAUGGAACUGAGAGCAGCACUUAAUUCAGCAGGUUAUCGCCUUAAUUUUCACAUUCUUCAAGCACUGGUUUUGAGAUAUGGAAAGAAAGGGAAAAUUACAUUUGACGAUUUCGUUAUGUGCGCUGUUAAAUUGAAAACAAUGAUAGAAAUUUUCAAGGAAAGAGAUCCAUUAAAAAUGGGAAGAGCAACAUUUACAUUAGAUGAGUGGGUGGAGAAAACGAUGUACAGUUAAAUAAAGACUAAGUGUCGUUCAAAAUUUUUAUUUAUUUUGUACAUAAUUGUAAAUUGUUUUAAAAUUUACGCAAAUUUUUAAAAAAUAUAACAAAUAAACUUUUAAAUAUUUUUAUCAUAUCGAAAU